AUGAAGUUUUUCUCAACAUUUAUCGCGUUAUUAUCAAUUUUUACUGGCCUGCCAGUGUUUUGUGACCGAGACACGAAACGAUGCGACAAAUGCGCAAAAAAGGUGGCAGAGUCCUUCAAAAAUGAUUCUUUGGUCGGUAAGGGCAUCCAUGUAGCUCCUGUCGAUAUCGAUCGAUACAACGCGAUCGCCAAGGAGGUUCACGGCGGAGAAUUUUUGAUUGAUAAGUCCCUAGUGAGUGGAGCGUAUAUUGUUUAUACCGACGGCACAUUUUAUUCUCAUGUAACCGAGGAUAUAGCAUGUAAUAAAAACUCCCACAUCCGUUCUAUUUUAUCCAAACAUUUGCGAGAGUUGCAUCAACGUAUACCACGAAAACUACAAGAUUCAUUUAAAUAUUUCAUCUUUCCUGUUUACGACCCUAGACGUGGUUUUACGAGAGAUGACAUUGUUUUUGGUAUGAUUGGAGAAGGACAUAUGAAGGUGCUUGACAUAUACUACGACCCACGGAUACUGUGUGAUGCUACAGGCCUCUUUCAUUUUUCUUCUAGAUUCCCGAGGCGCAAUGUCUCAACGCUCGAGGCGAAUUUUACUAACGCUUAUCACUAUCUCUACGGUGGUUGGUUUGAAGUGGACUCUGUGAUAUUCAUUCGCACUGAUUGCGAUAGCAGUAAAUGGACAUUUUCCCCGCCAAUGGUGGAUAUCGGUCCUGCACCUGAGUUAGAUCUUGAUGAACUGUUUCGCUCUACAACACCCGUACCGAAGUUCCAAGAUCUGUUGAAGUAUGAAAUUGUGAGCAAAGACAAAUGGCGUGAUAUCCCUUUUCACGACGCAAGACAUCAUCGUUACGAUAUACAAGCAUACACGUGGGUGAAGACAGGCGAGUGGUACUCUCCAUCCGACCAUCCUGAUGACAUAGCGCGUAAAAUAGUGGAAGGCUUCACUAUCGGAGACAAUAGACGGGGGGUUGACUCACUAGAAAGUUUCAAUAAUCGGGAUGCGUGUUCCGACGUGGAGCUUCAGAAGUUCCUAGAAAUUUAUAAUACCGAGAUGAAAGCUGAUUUUUUUUCGAGAGGUCAAGUUGACCCCUCGAAGACGUUGAGAGUUGCGCAUUAA